UUUCGUUUUCGUCUCGUUCAGUCUGAUCGAUAAUACUAAAUUUAUCGUGACCUAUAAAAGUUCCCCAGUUUUUUUUCUUGUUUCUCUUUCAUGCAAAAGCAAACAAACUCUUCUUCUCUUGUGUUCUCUCUCUCUCUCUAGCUGGCUCUUGUCUUCUCUCGUCAAAGUGAUUCUGCAUGCUUCAGACUUUUCUCAAAGCGUGACUAUUUUGUCUCUUCUUCUGGAUAAUUCAGACUGAUCAUACGAGCGACAUGCAUUGGUCUUGAAUUCACAGCCUAAUAGCCUAUUAAACUGAGAUUCAGUGAGUGAGGUCUGGUUUAAAGUGUUCUUGUUCUCUGUUCUUGGGAGAACACAAAAGCAGCAAAUAUAGAUUAUGGAACAUGGUUUGCCGGCUAUGAAGUCGAUCAAAUCAUUGAAGUCGUUUGUCAAGAGAAGAAACAAUCCUCAAGAUGUGGGUAAAUCCGGGUGGAGAGUAAAACCUUUUUUGCUUCUCAUGUGUACAGCACUUUUGAUCUUUUGGUAUAAGACCACUAAUAUUCAAUUCGAAGAGACUGAGCUAGAGGAAGCAGAUUAUCCCUUUGACAUGGCAGUGGAAUCUGAACCAGUCGAUGAGAAACUAAAAGGCUUGCCGCGUGGUAUCUUACAGCCUAGAUCGGACCUUGAACUAAAGCCUCUCUGGUCUAGUAAUAGUUUAAGGGCAAAGGGUGUUGAAAUGACUAACCGUAACUUGUUGGCCGUACCCGUAGGCAUUAAGCAAAAGGGUAAUGUCGAUGCCAUGGUAAAGAAGUUUCUUCCAGCGAAUUUCACGGUUGUUCUUUUCCAUUACGAUGGAAAUAUGGAUAAAUGGUGGGAUCUUGAGUGGAGUUCAAAGGCCAUACAUAUAGUUGCACAGAACCAGACUAAAUGGUGGUUUGCAAAACGAUUUCUCCAUCCGGACGUUGUAUCCAUUUAUGAUUAUAUUUUUCUUUGGGAUGAGGAUCUUGGAGUAGAGAACUUCACACCAGAGAGGUAUUUGAAGAUAGUUAAAGCAGAGGGACUGGAGAUAUCUCAACCGGCUUUGGACCGAAACUCGACUGAAAUCCACCACAAGAUCACACUCCGUUCCAAAACAAAGAAAUUUCAUAGGAGAGUUUACAUCAAUAGAGGCACUAAGAAAUGUUCUAAUACUAGUGAAGAUCCUCCUUGCACAGGAUUUGUUGAAGGAAUGGCUCCUGUGUUUUCAAGAGCUGCUUGGUUUUGCACUUGGAAUCUUAUACAGAAUGACUUGGUUCAUGGAUGGGGAAUGGAUAUGAAACUUGGGUAUUGUGCACAGGGAGACAGGAAAAUGAAGGUAGGGAUCGUGGAUAGAGAGUACAUCUUUCAUCAAGGCAUUCAAACUUUGGGUGAAAGUGUACCUUCUGAUAAGAAGACCAGAACUCGUGACGUUAGGACUAACAGACAUGGCCAUACAACAUUUGAUUCAAGAACCUCGAUAAGGAGGCAGUCGACAUGGGAGCUUCAAAGGUUUGAAGAAAGAUGGAAAAAAGCGGUGGAAGAAGACAAGAACUGGAUCGAUCCAUUUUCAUCGAGCUCGAAGAAGAAGCAGAAGAGUAACAGCAUUAGUAACAGAAGACUAAAGCGUGGUAACACUCACAGGGUGAAGCAUAAGAGAAGUCAAGAGACAUCAACAGCAUAACGCAUAAGUAGCAUAAACAAGGAUUUUUUUUUACACGAGAGAUUUGCUUAGUUUUUGUAAUUAGUUUUAUACUGUAUUAUUUAGCUCAGUUAUUUAGGGAGAAAAUAAGUUUAUAACC